AUGCGUUCAGUGCCAUUAAAAAUCUCUAUUUUUCUUACUGUUUUAGUACAUUUCUGCAGUGUAUCAAAUGCGUCAGAGUUUCAAAAAUCUUUAGGAAAGAAUUGCGAAGACUCUUAUUCUUUAUCGUGCUUUAAACUGAACGCAGCCUCAUGGGUGGAUAAGUUAAGUGACAACGACAACAUCGACUUGAUACCUGGUGUUAGUAUAGUGCGUGAGGGUAAAAGUGUGAAGCAAAACGAGCAUGAAAUUACCAAGGAGUUGGCUCGUGAAUUUCCUGACGACCCUAAUGCCCGAGUAGACGCUUUUCUUCUCAAGAAAAUAUCUGGGUUCUUCGACAACCACGCUGUCAAACUCAACUUUUGGAACGCUGCUCAUGCUGAUUCAUCUGUCAGUGCUCGUAAGAAGAACGAAGGUGGUGGAGGUGAAGGACUAGGAAAACUUCUUGGAUUGGCAGCAUUGAUGAAAUCCGGUGCAUUGAGCAUUGCUGUGGCUGGAUUGGCAGCUGUUGCUGGUAAAGCUCUGCUAGCUGGUCUGGUUGCUUUAGUACUAGCUGGUAUUGCUCUAGCCAAAGGAGGUGGUGGAGGUGGAAGUUCGUAUGAAGUAAUUGCCAAGCCUGUUUACACUUCCUCACAUUCACACUCAGCAUCUCAUGAUGGAUGGGAUGGUGGCAGUUAUGGCCAUAAAAGAAGUUUUGACAAUGCUCCGUUACCUUUGGGUUUACAAGAGGGAUACACUCCUCAAUGA